GCCUUUUUAGCGUCUGAAUUUAGCGUUCGACGAUACAAGCGGACGGUAGAUUUAAAAUUAGCGUCCGAUUAAAGACGGAUGCAAAUUAACGUCUGCUUUUUGAGAUUUAGCGUCCGUUCUUUUAAACGGACGCUAAUUAGCGUCCGUGUAGUUAAAAUACCGUCCGUCUGACGGACGCUAAAUACGAGGUAUAAAUAAUAUAAAAAAAACUCCAGUCGACCAAACUAUCAACCACCCACGCCUCUCUCUUCCUCACUCUCAUCUCACGUUUCUCUCUCUUCCUUACUCUCAUCUCACAUUUUGGUGCUCUCUCUUUCUUGCAAAUCUCACGAAAUCAGAUCUGGUUUUCGGGUGUUCGUACUGUGAAGUCUGAUGUUUACAGUUUCGGGGUGGUGGUUUUGGAGGUGGUCUCCGGAAGAAGGCCAGUGAUCGAUAAUAGAGAUUUGCUCGUUGAUUGGGUUUUUCCUAGGCCGUUUCGAGAGCAUCAAGAAAGUCACUGAGUACGCGAGUUGAUGACUUGGAUGAGUGUCCUUGGUCUACUCCAAGAACUCAUUUCAGUGAGGUUUGAUUUAGGUGUUCCAACCAUGAAUUCAGAUGAUUCUUAAUAGUCUUAAAAGAUUUUGAAUUCAGAAUUUAUGUUUACCCGGGUUGAUAAUGUUUUUAUAUUAAAAACAUUUGUGUCAAUAAUUCAGUUCAAAAGUUCCAACUUAUAAGUUGCUUUACAUGUACAUAAUGAAGAGAUGUUAUAAUUCCAAUUUUCAAGUGUAAUCUCUUUAUGACAAAAAUAAUCUGGAGUUGAUUUAAAGCUUGAGAGUUAGUACUGGGUUCACUAGAAAUUAUAUUUGCAGUUGCCCAAGUCACUUUGAAUAAUUUAUAAAUGUAACAGAAGGUGGUAACUUCACAAGUUCAUAACUAGAUACGUACAAAUUGUUAAGGGGUUGGAGAGGGAGGGUCAAGUGAUUUAUAGGAUGUUUUGUAAAUUGGAAAAGAUGUGCUAUUUCUGAACUCAGCUAACUAGGUUGCUGAUUUGAGUUCUCGAAUCCAUCAAAUAAUGUGUUGCUCAGCUCUGCAAAAUUUAGCAUUAACUAACCCAUUUAAUGCAAAGGAAUUUUUGUCUCAGUUUAUUUUCCUUUUGAAGAAAGUUGUACCUAUUGUUGGGUUCCACUGUAAACUAUGACACUUUGUUUGGAUAGCAAUAUAGGAGGGAAAAGAAGUGUAAUGCUACUUUGGUAUACCUGCACGAGGAGUAGUUGCCCUGCAGGAUCAACGAAGCACUGUAAUGCUACUGCUGAGCCGACUGCCAAUCUGAAGAAAAGUUCAAGAGCAGAGAGACUUGCAGUUGUUAUAAUCAUACUAUCUGAAAAGCAUUUGUGUUAUUCAUUGCAGACUUGCAGUUGUUUACUUGUGACUACAGAUCUUGACAAUGUGUUUGGAAGCCUAUUUUGGGUUAUCAGAUUUGCGUUUGAGUUCCAGAUUUUUGUUGUGGAGUUUAAAGUGUACAUGUAAUUAUAUGAGAUUUGUAUUAGAUUUUGUUCUAAGUAUACUAGAAUUUAGUUCUAGAAUUAUUUUUUUUACUUGUAUUUACAUUUAUUAUCAAUAAUAAUUGAAUUGAUUAAUUUGUUUGCCUUAAUAAAAGAAGUAUGGUAUUUGCAUCA